AUGAAAAUCAACUACGCGCUCGUUGGAGACGAGGUGUGUGCCACUGUACUGUCCGGGGACCUGCCAAGAUUGAAGGAGUUGCUUUACGACCAGGCCGACAUUGAUGGGCAUUGCAGAAAAUACGGCACGCCUUUGCAGGCCGCGGUUGUCAAGGGCAAUGAAGAAAUGGUUGAGUUCUUGCUUCAGUACGGGGCGAGCCCUAGCAAGUCGGGAGGAAGAUAUGGCACGCCGCUCAUUGCCGCUACUAUCGGGAGCAAGAAAGCUAUCACCCGUGUCUUGCUAAAGCACCGUGCAGAUGUCUUCGCAACUAGUAAACAGCAUGUCAAUGCGCUCUACCAGGCUGUCGGACAUGGCGACUGGGCGAUCGCUGAGAUGCUGCUGGAGGCAGGCGCC